GCCGACUUGAUCACCACAUAUUCGUCUUGGUCAAGCCAGCAAUCCUCUACCUCCAUCAAAUCGCCCUCAGCUACCGUCAGGUCAUCACCAUUCUCGUCCUACCAAUAUUCCGCCUUGCAACACGAGCGUCCAGGUCCCAGCCGGAUCUCUCAUAUCACUCUUCUCGUUCCUGUCGUCACCUAACCUGACGACCCCGAUCUCGUUCCAUCAUCGACCCUACCUUUCAAGUCCGACCUGACCUUUAGAUCCCGCAUACAAAUAUUCAUCAACUUGAGGGUACUUGAGCCAUAUCACGUCCCGAACCACUACACCUGCACGUUUUCCUUCGAAAACCCUCAAGGUGUAAAUAAAAAAAAGUCGAUAAUUCAAUCUCAAUUCGACCGUCUAAACGGCCUACCGUAGCGUCCGCUCAAGAGUGAACAAGUUCAUAGAACAAAAUGUCUGCCUCACCUUCUCACCCUACUAAUCCGGCUAAACGCCCUCUGGAGGAUGCCUCCUCUCCUUCCCGGGGCAAUGACCAACCCGAAGCCAAACGGCCUGCCCUUGACAAAGUCAUCAACAACGGAGAUAAUGACAAGGAUAUCGAGCUCCCUGAGAGCAACGGUGAUGGCGUCUCGGCACCGGCUGGAACUAAUGGCACAACCAAGCUCGAGGAUACCAACCAGGACAAGGCUGAGAUCAAAGACGACCAGGGCGAUACUGUCGUGCCUGAUGUUGAGGAAGCCAAGUCCGCCGUAGACGCCGCAGUUUCCGGAGCUUCAGGUGUGUCCGGUGCCGCCGCGACCAACACUCACGAUGAGACUACGUGGAUUCAUAUCCGUGCUGUCAUCUCCAGCCCUGAAGCUGCUACCAUCAUUGGUAAAGGUGGCGAAAACGUUUCUAAUAUCCGGAAGCUAUCCAAUGCCAAGUGUACCGUUAGUGAUUACCAGAAGGGCGCUGUAGAACGAAUACUUACUGUUAGCGGAGCUGUCGAGGCUGUGGCCAAGGCGUUUGGUUUGAUUAUCCGGACCCUGAACAACGAGCCUCUGACGGAGAAAUCCAACGCUCAGUCCAAGACAUAUCCUCUUCGACUACUCAUCCCUCAUGUGCUCAUCGGCUCCAUUAUCGGGAAGGGCGGUGCCCGCAUUCGUGAGAUUCAAGAUGCUUCAGGAGCGCGGCUCAAUGCCUCUGACUCGUGCUUGCCACUAUCUAGCGAGCGUUCCCUCGUAGUCAUGGGCGUAGCUGACGCUGUUCAUAUCGCUACUUAUUAUGUAGGAAGCACGCUCCUCCAGCAACUUAACGAACGCUUUGGCGGCCCCGCCGCGUCGGCCUAUGCCACUCGGAGUGGCGGUCCCACCGGCGUCGUGCCCGGAGGAAUGCAAGUAGUUCCGUAUUGCCCUCAGCCUGCUGGUGGCAACUUUGGCCAUCGCGAAAACUACGGUCGACGACCCGAUCCCCGAGCCCAUCACAUGCCGCCGACGCCGUAUACGCAACCCUACCAUCCGCAUGCAGCCACCCCGCAACCUAACCCGAGUGUGCCGAUGCACUACGCACCUCAAGCAGCUGGAUAUGGUGCCGCACCGCACAUACCGCCUCACCACGCUCCUCACGUGGGUGGCCCUCAUCCUCACGGCGGUCCUCCAGCUCAGCCAAUGCACGGUGCUGCUAUCGCAGGAGCGCCAAUGACCCAACAGAUCUACAUUCCCAACGACAUGGUUGGUGCCAUCAUUGGUAAGGGUGGUCAAAAAAUCAAUGAGAUUCGGACAAUUAGCGGCAGCGUGAUUAAGAUCAACGAGCCGCAAGAUAAUAGUAACGAGCGGCUAGUAACAAUUACGGGAACCGAAGAAUGUAACAGGAUGGCACUAUACAUGCUCUAUUCUCGACUGGGUGAGACACCUAAAGCACCCCGUGGCCGCGCGUAACAACCGUCAA